UACUCAUUUCAGUGUUCUAUCUAUCAACUCAAAACCUCUUCUUUACAUUUUUGUUUUGGUUACUGAGAAAGAAAGAAAACCUCUACACACAAUGAACCGUUCAACUUCAACUUCAAAGAAGAAGAAGAAGAAGAAAACUACUUACCAUGACGAUCAAAACUUCAUAGACACCAUCUUUUCUUGGUCUCUCCAAGACAUUUUUAACCAAGAACUUUACAACAACAAGGUUGAUUACAUCGAUUUAUCAUUCGCUUCCGCUGAACAGUAUUUUCAGUCAUUUGUGUAUCCGUUGUUGGAGGAAACUCGAGCACAACUCUGUUCUUGUAUGGAAAUUUUGUCAAGUUCACCUUAUGCAGAAGUGAUUUCACUUGAACAUUCAAGAUCACAUUCAUAUGGUAGGAAUCACUACGUUGUUAAAACUGAUACCUGGAAAAACAGGUCAUCUGGUCAUGGAAAAGAGUUAUACAAAACAUUGUUUGGUGAUGUUUUUAUUUUGGCCGAUUUUAAACCUGAAACGGUUAAUGAUUUGCAAAGGUCUGGAAGGACUUGGAGUUUUGUGUUGUCUGCUGGGAUUCUUGAUGAGGAGAUUGAAGGAGACGACGAUGAGACUAAAGUUAUGUCGACUUUUAAAGUCAUUGCUUCUAAAGACAUUGACAUUGAUGAAAUAGGGCAAAAAUCUUUGUUUAUUAUAUUCUUGACGAAUAUAAUCCCCAACAGAAGAAUAUGGAGCGCGCUACAUAUGGAUGGAGAUUCAAAGCUGAUUCAGAAGAUUUUAUGUGCUAUUGAUGUGGUUGAUGAAGACUGUUAUUACUGUUCUCCGAAGACUGAUGCUCUUAGGGACGAUGAAACAUAUCAAAGGCUGUCAUCUGAGUUGAAUGAGUCACAAAACCAGGCUAUUUGUGCGUGCCUUUCUUCCUUCCAUUGCAAUCACAAGUCUACAGUGGAUCUUAUUUGGGGUCCACCAGGAACUGGAAAAACAAAAACAUUAGGCACACUGCUUUUUGCUCUAUUCAAAAUGAACUGUAGGACUCUUGUUUGUGCUCCAACAAAUGUUGCCAUUAAGGAAGUGGCAUCGCGUGUCUUGAGCAUGGUGAGAGAAUCGUUUGAUAGAAAUUCCGAUGCUUUGUUUUGUAAUUUGGGAGACAUGCUGUUAUUUGGGAAUCAUGAGCGGCUCAAAGUUGGUGCAGAAAUUGAAGAGAUAUAUUUGGACUAUCGUGUCAAGCAGCUAAUACUGUGUUUCACCCCACCUAAUGGUUGGAAUUAUAGUUUUGCUUCAAUGAUUGAUCUUCUUGAAAACUGUGUUUCCCACUAUCAGAUAUUCAUUGAGAACGAGAUGAGAAAGGAACAAGAUCAAACUGAUGACAAUAACUUUAAUAGGGCAAAAGAUGACAGCCCAUCAGAUUCUUGUGUGGGGAUUCACAAAUCUUUUCUGGAGUUUGUCAGAGAGAGGUUUCUGGCUAUAGCAUCGCCACUCAGAGACUGCAUCUCCAUCUUAUGUACUCAUAUUGCCAGAAGUUGUAUUAUGGAACAUAACUUGAAAGAUUUGGCUCGUCUUAUUUACUCUCUCGGUUCAUUUCAAGCUUUGCUGUUUGAAAAUAACAUUGUUUGUGAAAAAUUGGAAGAGCUUUUCUCUCCUCCAGAAAGUCAACACAGUUCUUUCGAGUCAGUUGUUGUAAGUGCUGCUGAAUACUCAUUGCACCAGAGCAGAACUGAAUGCCUUUCUCUAUUAAGAACCCUUAAAGUUUCACUUGGUGACCUCAACCUUCCAGAUGUUGUGACUGAAGAGUCAAUCAGAGAGUUCUGUUUACAAUCAUCUUUAUUAAUAUUUUCCACUGCUUCUAGUUCCUUUAAGCUGCAUUCUGUUGACAUGGAACCACUAGAUGUUUUAGUAAUCGAUGAAGCUGCCCAGUUGAAGGAAUGUGAGUCAAUCAUACCUCUACUACUUUCGGACAUAAACCAUGCCAUUCUUGUUGGAGAUGAACGCCAGCUACCAGCCAUGAUUGAAAGUAGUGUUUCUUUUGAAGUUGGUUUCGGAAGAAGUUUAUUUGCGAGACUGAGCACAUUGGGUCAUCCAAAUCAUUUGCUCAAUAUACAGUACAGGAUGCAUCCUGCAAUUAGUUCCUUUCCAAAUUCGUGCUUCUAUUUGAACCAAAUUCUUGAUGCUCCAAAUGUUAUUGCAAAGAACUACAGGGAACAAUAUCUCCCAGGGCAAAUGUUUGGUCCAUAUUCCUUUAUUAAUAUAAUUGGUGGCACCGAAGAGUUUGAUGAUGCUGGACGAAGCCGGAAAAAUAUGGUUGAAGUGGCGGUUGUGAUGAAAAUAAUCAGAAAUUGUUUUAGAGCAUGGCUUGAGUCAAAUGAGAACCUCAGUAUAGGUGUAGUGUCUCCAUAUGCUGCCCAAGUUGUUUCACUUCAGGAUAUGCUUGGACAGAAGUAUGAUAAGCACGAAGGUUUCGAUGUGAAGGUGAAAACAAUAGAUGGUUUCCAGGGUGGGGAGCAGGACAUAAUUAUCUUAUCCACCGUCAGAACUGAUUGUAGUACAUCACUUGGGUUCAUUUCCAAUAACCAGAGGACUAAUGUUGCUCUUACCAGGGCUAGGCAUUGUCUAUGGAUAUUGGGAAAUGAAAAGACCCUAGUAAGUCAGGAAAAUGUAUGGAAAGAUUUGGUGCUUGAUGCUAAAAAGCGACAACUUUUCUUUAAUGCGGAUGAAGACGAGGAUUUAGCGAAAGGUAUCUGGGAUGCCAAGAAAGAGCUGGAUCAACUUGACGAUUUGCUUAAUGCAGAUAGUCUCAUUUUCAGAAACUCUAGGUGGAAGGUUCUUUUUAGUGAUAACUUCCUCAAGUCAUUUAAAAAUCUUCCGUCAAAGCGGACAAAGAAGUCGGUGCUUAACCUCUUACUCAAACUCUCUAGUGGGUGGAGACCAAAAAGGAUAAAAGUGGAUUUGCUUUGUGGAAAUUCAUCCCAGAUGUUAAAGCAAUAUAAAGUUGAAGGUCUUUUUAUUGUUUGUUCAAAGGACAUAGUAAAAGAAUUGAAUUUCACUCAAGUUUUAAGGAUAUGGGAUAUACUGCCUCCAGAGGAUAUUCCGAAAGUAGUGAAGCGUCUUGAUAGUAUUUUUGGAAGCUAUACUGAUGAUUUUAUAAGGCGCUGCAGUGAGCAAUGUUUUGAGGGGAAAAUGGAGGUUCCAAUGAAUUGGGAGAAAUCAACAGAAAUUAUCAAAAUUAAGAAUCUUGAUAGUAAUGAAAAUGAAGCAGAAUUGAGUUGCUGCGAUCAAAGAAUUUAUGUUGAGAAUUCAAAGGUUGAGGAAAGUUUUUUAUUGAUGAAAUUCUAUUCUUUAUCAUCUGUUGUGGUUAGCCACUUGCUUUCUGAUCGUAACAGUAAUGAACUGGAACUUCCUUUUGAAGUAUCAGAUGAAGAACAUGACAUAAUACUCUUUUCUAAAAGUACAUUUGUACUGGGUCGCUCUGGUACUGGGAAAACCACUGUUUUGACCAUGAAGUUAUUUAAAAAGGAGGAAUUGCACCAUGCAGCUCUUGAACACACAUACGGAAUUAAGAAUGUUGAUGUUCCUUGUUUGAAUGAUGAUAAAGAGUAUAAAGACAGUUCUACCGUGAAUGACAGGCCUGUCUUACAACAAUUAUUUGUAACAGUGAGUCCGAAACUUUGUCAAGCAGUGAAACAACAGGUCGUUAGAAUGAAAAGAUUCAUAUGUGGCGGGGAUAUUUCUGCCAAAAGUUGUUCUAUUGAUGAAGAUAUUGUCGAUGUUGAUACAUCAAUACAGUUUAAGAAUAUACCUGAUUCUUUUGUUAAUCUUCCCACCAACUCAUAUCCCCUUGUGAUAACUUUUCAGAAGUUUUUAAUGAUGCUUGAUGGGACUGUGGGGAAUUCUUAUUUUGAAAGAUUUAGUGAUCUAUCUUCUUUAAGUGAGAACCUUGGUGUAAGAUCUGUUGCUUUAGAGACUUUUAUAAGGAAGAAGGAGGUGACAUAUGACAGGUUUGAAUCAUUAUAUUGGCCCCAUUUCAAUUCUCAAUAUACCAAGACGCUAGAUUCGUCCAGAGUGUUCACUGAAAUCGUGUCUCAUAUAAAGGGGAGUAUGCAGUCUGUGGAGCCUGGUGAAGGGAAAUUAAGUCGUCAGGAUUAUCUAUCAUUGUCUGAAAACCGGGCGUCAAGUUUAAGCAAGCAGAAAAGGGAGAUCAUUUAUGAUAUUUAUCAAAGUUAUGAAAAAAUGAAGUUGGAUAAAGGCGAUUUUGAUUUGGCUGAUAUUGUUGACGACCUUCAUCGCCGACUCAGAAUCAACAAAUAUGAGGGUGAUGAAAUGCACUUUGUAUAUAUUGAUGAAGUGCAAGAUCUAACCAUGAGUCAGAUUGCUUUGUUUAAAUAUGUGUGUCAAAAUGUAGAAGAGGGUUUUGUUUUUUGUGGUGAUACUGCACAGACCAUCGCAAGGGGAAUUGAUUUUAGAUUCCAGGAUAUAAAAUCUCUCUUUUACAAGAAGUUUGUGCUAGAAUCAAAGAGAGUUGCUUAUAACCAAGAAAAGGUUAAAGUGAAAGUUUCUAAAACAUUUUUGUUGAAUCAAAACUUUCGGACUCAUGCUGGAGUAUUGAAAUUGUCUCAGAGCACCAUUGAGCUUCUUUUCCGUUUUUUCCCUCAUUCUAUUGAUGUUUUGAAGCCUGAGACCAGUUUGAUAUACGGGGAAGCUCCGGUAGUUCUUGAAUGUGGAAGCAGGAAAAAUGCAAUUGUAACUAUUUUUGGCAACACUGGACAUGAGAGUGGGAAAAUUGUUGGCUUUGGAGCAGAGCAAGUAAUUUUGGUACGCGAUGAUUAUGCUCGAAAGGAAAUUUUAAACUAUGUUGGGAAACAAGCUCUUGUUUUAACUAUCUUGGAGUGCAAAGGGCUUGAGUUUCAGGAUGUACUGUUGUACAACUUUUUCGGCACUUCACCUUUGAAAAAUCGAUGGAGGGUGAUUUAUGAGUAUAUGAACGAACAAGAUAUGCUGGAACCUACAGAAUCCAAGUCUUUUCCAACUUUCAGUGAUUCCAAACAUAAUAUUUUGUGUUCUGAGCUAAAACAACUAUAUGUGGCUAUAACUCGUACAAGACAGAGAUUGUGGAUUUGCGAGAACACAGAGGAGUAUUGCAAACCCAUGUUUGAUUAUUGGAAAAGGAAGUGUCUUGUACAAUUCAAAGAGCUCGAUGAUUCACUUGCUCAGGCAAUGAAAGUUGCAAGUAGUCCAGAAGAAUGGAAGUCACGUGGCAAAAAGUUAUAUUAUCAAAAUAACUACGAGAUGGCAACAAUGUGUUUUGAAAGAGCAGGGGACUCUUAUUGGGAAAAAAAGUCUAAGGCUGCUGGUCUUAGGGCAACUGCAAAUCGGUUACGUGACUUGAAUCCUGAGGAUGCAAAUGCAAUCCUUAGGGAAGCUGCUGAAAUUUUUGAAGGCAUUGGAAUGGCUGAGUCUUCUGCCCAGUGUUUUUCUGAUUUGGGGGAUCAUGAAAGAGCUGGGAAGCUUUACUUGGAAAAAUGUGAAGAGCCUGAUUUGAAAAGGGCAGGCGAUUGCUUUUAUUUAGCUCGUUGUUUUGACAUGGCAGCUCAAGUGUAUGCUAAAGGAUGUUUCUUCUCGGAUUGUUUGAAUGUUUGUGCAAAAGGUGGAUUGUUUGACAUUGGCUUACAUUACAUUCAGCACUGGAAACAAAAUGAAAGUGCUGACCCUGGUUGGGCUAAUAGUCAUGAUUUGUACGCAAUUGAACAGAAAUAUCUGGAAAAUUGUGCCCGCAAAUAUUUUGACAACAAAGAUAUCAAGUCCAUGAUGAAGUUUGUUAGAGCUUUUCAUUCGAUGGAUAUGAAGCGUGAGUUCUUACAAUCGUUAAGUUUACUUGAUGAACUUCUUGAAUUGGAAGAGGAAUCAGGCAACUAUAUGGAGGCUGUAAAUAUUGCUAAGAUGAUGGGUGAUAUUCUUCGCGAGGCUGAUUUGCUAGGAAAAGCUGGUGAAUUCUUGGAAGCAUAUGAACUCAUGAUUUUCUAUGUACUUGCAAAUUCUCUUUGGUCUGGGGGAAGCAAAGCAUGGCCCUUAAAGCAGUUUACACUGAAGGCUGAGCUUUUGGGAAAAGCUUUGACAUUUGCAAAGGGAGUUUCAAGCAGCUUUUAUGAGCUUGCAUCUACAGAAGCUGAAAUUCUAUCAAAUAAGCAUGACAACAUUUUUGAAAUAAUGAAUCAAUUGAAAUCUUCUCGCAUUUAUAGCAGUAUCAGAGGGGAAAUAUUAUGUUUGUGGAAACUGCUGGAUUCUCAUUUUCGGCUGAACUCAUCUAAGUAUGUCUGGCAAGACAGCUUGUUUGAUGUUUCUGUUGAAGGCAUGAUUAUGAAGAAUCAAUUUUCUGUGGAAACAUUGUUUUAUUGUUGGACAUAUUGGAAGGAUAAUAUUGUUCAAAUGCUUGAUUUCCUUUCAAAUUUCAAAACUCCAGAGUCUCAUCAGCAUAACAGUUAUGUAAAGUUUGCAUUGAAUUGUCUGGGUGUUCAGAAGCAGAUUUAUAAUCUAACUGACAUUUACCUUUUGCUCAUCCCUGAUGCUACCUGGGUGAUGAAAUUGGGUGAUAGGUUUCUAAAGAAGAAGGGUAGGCUAGUCUCUGUUGAUGUUCAACCUUUAGUUUCUUUUGCUCAGAGUUAUUGGAGUUCAGAGUUACUUUCUGUUGGCAUGGAUGUCUUGAAAAACCUCGAUGCACUCUAUAAGUUUUCAGUUAAUAAAGCUUUUUCUGAAUUCUGUCAAGUGCAGUCUUUAUUGCAUAUCUAUGAGGUUUCAAAAUUUCUUCUCAAGUCCAAAUGUUUUAGGCAUGGCCACGGUAACUUAAAAACAUUGGAGAGAUUUUACAGACUGCCAAUUGAGUGUUUAUUCCACCAUGUAGCUCCCCUUGACUGGAAGAAAUCGCUGGCAAAAGAAAUGGUUUAUCAAAGGGUAACUGAAGCUUGGCAGGAUAUUAUGAAAGAAGGCAUAAAUGAAAACACUAAACGGAAAGAUACAUUGACCUAUGGUCAAAUUGGAAGGGUGGUUGUUAUGAUUCUUGGCACAGCUAAUGUACAAGAUGAUCUGUUCGUGCAAGUCAUGACUAGAUUUGAUGAUAAAGAUGACUGGAACAAUUUCAUUCAAAGCUUGCGGUUGAAUUCAGUAAACGGGUCAGCUGAUAAGGCGGUUUUAGAGAUGCAUUGCACUCGUAAGCUUUACCUUGCAUUGCAAUAUACUUGCAGCGUGAAUUGGAUAAAGGAAGUUGACUAUAUAUCUCCCGAUUGUUUUAUGUAUCUUGUUGAACGGCUACUGCUGUUGACUUCAUGCUGGAAGGGGUUCAUUUAUGCGACAAAAUCAUCUUUCAUUGAGUGGCUUAUUUGCCAAGAUGAAAAUUCCCUUUCAAAUUUGAGCUUCAUGUCUAAUGAAUUAGUCAGUGCCCAUGAUUUUAUCGCCAAUAUCCUCCGUGAGUUUGUUUAUGAUCAAAAUGGUACUAAAAACUGGAUUAAAAAAUCAAACUUGGAUGUGAAGAAUUAUUUUCCAACGCUUCUUCUGAGGUUGGUUGUUUCAAUGUGUUCACUUCAUCUCAGCUCUGGGAGUGGGAAGUAUUUACAAUUACUUCGCAAUUUGUUGGGGAAGAGACAUAUAACCGAUCAACUGCCAUUGGAAUUUUGCAAUGUUCUUCAAAAAGGAAAGAAACACUUGGGUUUGGAAGUCAUUGCCGAGGCAUUUAAAGUGAUUGGCAAUCCCUUGAUAAUUGCCAAGCUUCAGAACAAUUCUACAGAAAUUGUGUGUUCAGAUGCUAUCUUUGUGGAUUUAACGAUAUGCCAAAAAAGAGAGCUCAUAUUACAAACAUUGUUUCCUAGUACAGUUGACUAUGUGGCUGAGGAAACCAUAGCAGAAGCCUCUGAUUCAAAAUCUAAGGAGUUUCCUUCAAACCUUCAAGAUAAAAGCCUUGCUUCUGUUUCAGAUCAGGCAUCAGAUGGACAGAUCAAAGAUGAAAUUAACUUGUCUGUGAAUGAUGACUUCUUGAAUUGGUUGGAAAAUUUCGAGUCUUCAACUGAUGUAUCAUGGCUUAAUAAUGUUUCACCUGAUUUCAUGAUGAUAAAGGGUUUUUUGGAUCAUUUCAUUAGACUUUGGAAUUUGUUGGUACACAACCCUGUCAAGAUGGAAAACAAAAUUGAAAUGGAGGAGUUUGUGAGCUUGCUUGAUGAAAUGAAGCAACUUAGAGCCUCUAUGAACAUGAGUGAUUCGGUGAUUGAGAAGGACACUGUAAUUGUACUUUCAAAGAAAAUUCGUUCGGGACGAUCAAAAGUAGAGCACAUCUUGUAUCAGCUGAAUUUGGUUCAAAGGAAUACCAAUGUUGAGUCCGAUCCAUCACAAGCCAGCACUGCAGUAGGCAAUGAUGACCACAAGCAAAAUGUUUUGAAGGAAUCAAAAGGUAACGUGUCCAACAAUUCUCAAGGUCCGGUUAAUUCAGGACAUGAAAAGGCCAAGGAAAAUAACAAAGGGGGGAAUAACAACAAAUCUAAGAAAAACAAGAGAGGAAAAAAGGGUAAGAAGUGAAAAUUGUCAGGUGUUUUGUACAUGCAAAUGCUGUAGUAAUUUUUGUGCUUUCACUUCAAACUGUCUGGUUAUGGUAUUUCCCGACUGUGGAAUCUGGUAUUUUAAAUUUAUUUUUUUA